CCGAAGCCCAGACGAUGCCCGGGAAGCUGAAGGUGAAAAUCGUGGCCGGGCGCCAUUUGCCGGUGAUGGACCGUGCUAGUGACCUGACCGAUGCCUUCGUGGAGGUUAAGUUUGGUAAUACUACCUUUAAAACAGAUGUGUACCUCAAGUCACUCAACCCUCAGUGGAACUCAGAAUGGUUUAAAUUUGAGGUGGAUGAUGAAGAUCUACAAGAUGAACCUCUGCAGAUCACGGUUCUGGACCAUGAUACCUACAGCGCAAAUGAUGCCAUUGGUAAAGUGUACAUUGAUAUUGAUCCUCUACUGUAUAGUGAAGCUGCUACAGUCAUCUCGGGAUGGUUUCCAAUUUAUGACACCAUACAUGGUAUCCGUGGAGAAAUCAAUGUGAUUGUUAAAGUAGACCUCUUCAAUGAUUUGAAUAGGUUUAGACAGUCAUCGUGUGGAGUCAAAUUCUUUUGUACAACAUCUAUUCCAAAGUGCUACAGAGCUGUAAUAAUUCAUGGAUUUGUAGAAGAACUAGUGGUCAAUGAAGACCCAGAGUAUCAAUGGAUUGAUCGAAUUCGUACACCAAGGGCAUCAAAUGAGGCCAGACAGAGACUCAUUUCUUUAAUGUCAGGUGAACUGCAGAGGAAGAUUGGCUUGAAAGUACUUGAAAUGAGAGGAAAUGCAGUUGUCGGGUACUUACAGUGCUUUGAUCUGGAGGGAGAGUCGGGGUUAGUGGUACGAGCCAUAGGAACAGCGUGUACUCUGGAUAAAUUAAGUAGCCCAGCAGCAUUCCUUCCUGCAUGUAAUUCCCCAUCCAAAGAAAUGAAGGAGAUUCCCUUCAAUGAAGAUCCCAAUCCCAAUACUCACUCAUCAGGACCCUCAACCCCUCUGAAAAACCAAACUUAUUCCUUUUCACCUUCCAAGUCCUACAGUCGACAGUCCUCUUCUUCUGACACAGAUUUGAGUUUGACACCCAAAACUGGAAUGGGAAGCGGUAGUGCUGGGAAAGAAGGAGGGCCAUUUAAAGCUCUUUUAAGACAGCAGACUCAGUCCGCAUUGGAGCAGAGGGAGUUUCCGUUUUUUACUUUGACGGCAUUUCCUCCUGGAUUUCUUGUGCACGUUGGCGGUGUUGUUAGUGCACGCUCUGUGAAGCUUUUGGAUCGCAUCCACAACCCCGAUGAACCAGAAACGCGGGAUGCGUGGUGGGCAGAAAUUAGACAAGAAAUAAAAUCCCAUGCUAAAGCACUGGGCUGCCAUGCUGUCGUGGGCUACAGUGAAUCGACUAGCAUCUGUGAAGAAGUCUGCAUUUUGUCAGCAUCCGGCACAGCAGCUGUCCUCAAUCCUCGGUUUCUGCAGGACGGCACCGUGGAGGGCUGUUUGGAACAGAGGCUUGAGGAAAAUUUGCCUGCAGGCUGUGGAUUUUGCCAUAUUCCAUAUGAUGAACUGAAUAUGCCAUUUCCAGCUCAUCUCACGUACUGCUAUAACUGCAGGAAACAAAAAGUUCCUGAUGUCCUCUUUACAACUAUAGACCUCCCCGCCGAUGCAGCAGUUGUUGGAAAAGGUUGUCUUAUUCAAGCAAGGUUAUGUCGCUUAAAAAAGAAAGCACAAGCAGAAGCCAAUGCUACGGCCAUCAGUAACCUCCUGCCUUUUAUGGAAUACGAAGUGCAUACUCAGCUCAUGAAUAAGCUGAAACUCAAGGGGAUGAACGCUCUGUUUGGACUAAGAAUUCAGAUCACAGUGGGUGAAAAUAUGUUGAUGGGCCUCGCAUCUGCCACAGGAGUGUACUUAGCAGCUUUACCAACACCUGGUGGGAUUCAGAUUGCUGGGAAGACCCCGAACGAUGGCUCAUAUGAGCAGCAUAUCUCCCACAUGCAGAAGAAGAUAAAUGACACGAUUGCUAAGAACAAAGAGUUAUAUGAAAUCAGUCCUCCGGAGAUAUCUGAAGAGGUUAUUGGAUCACCUAUCCCAGAACCCAGACAACGCUCAAGACUUCUGAGAUCUCAGUCAGAAAGCUCAGACGAAGUUACAGAAUUGGAUCUUUCCCAUGGGAAAAAGGAUGCUUUUGUUUUGGAGAUUGAUGACACAGAUGCCCUGGAAGAUGUGCAUUCUCUGCUUACUGAUGUUCCUCCUCCCCCAGGCUUUUAUAGUUGUAAUACAGAAAUUAUGCCUGGUAUAAAUAACUGGACAUCAGAAAUACAGAUGUUCACAUCAGUGAGAGUAAUCAGAUUAAGCAGUCUUAACCUGACUAAUCAAGCUCUCAAUAAGCAUUUUAAUGAUCUGUGUGAAAAUUUGCUCAAGAGCCUGUAUUUUAAACUCCGAUCUAUGAUUCCUUGCUGCCUUUGCCAUGUAAAUUUCACCGUGUCUCUGCCUGAAGAUGAAUUAAUUCAGGUUACAGUCACAGCAGUUGCAAUAACUUUUGACAAAAAUCAGGCUUUGCAGACCACAAAAACGCACGUUGAGAAGUCACUGCAAAGAGCUUCUACAGAUAAUGAAGAGCUCCUGCAGUUUCCACUGGAACUGUGUUCAGAGUCGCUUCCUUCCCAUCCUUUCCCUCCAGCUAAAGAACACCUGGAGAGUGCAAGUUCUAACUCAGGUAUACCCGCUGCACAGAGAGCAACGUCAGUUGAUUACAGUUCCUUUGCAGACAGAUGCAGCAGCUGGAUAGAGCUCAUUAAACUGAAAGCUCAGACCAUAAGGCGCGGAUCAAUUAAGACAACUGUGACAGUUGAAAAAGCAAGUCCAGUGGGUGAAGGAAAUUUCCGGAAUCGCUCCGCUCCGCCUUGUGCAAAUUCUACAGUUGGGGUUGUUAGGAUGACACCUCUGUCUUUCAUUCCGGGAGCAAAAAUAACUAAAUAUCUUGGGAUAAUUAACAUGUUUUUUAUUCGGGAAACCACUUCUCUUCGUGAGGAAGGGGGCGUCAGUGGUUUUCUCCACGCUUUCAUCGCUGAGGUCUUUGCGAUGGUGCGCGCUCACGUGGCUGCGUUAGGAGGGAACGCUGUAGUCUCCUACAUCAUGAAGCAGUGUGUCUUCAUGGAGAACCCAAACAAAAACCAGGCACAGUGUCUUAUUAACGUUAGUGGUGAUGCAGUGGUUUUUGUUCGCGAAUCUGACUUAGAAGUGGUAUCCACUCAGCAACCUACUGCCAACUGCCAGCCGUUAUGUACAGGAGGAGAAGUAACGACCUGAAGAAAAUUCCAUGUCACUGAGUGAAAUUCACCUGCUCCAUUGUUUUGUCAUUAGUUAUCUUCCUAGACAAAAAGAAUGAAUGUAAUUUAUGAUAAUUAAGACAGAAUUGCUGCCUUCUGAGUAGAUGUGAUUUGUCUGGAAUCUCUUGGAGGAAUGAGAAUUUCUAAUCUUGACAUUUUGUUUGUCUAGACAGACAGGCCCCAUAGAAUCUUGCGCCUUCAGUAAAUUAAGGUUAAACAUCUAAGUGAACUGUAACAAAGAUGAAGUUAUUUGUAAUUUAUUUUGAUUUUUAAUAAAAUAAUUGAAAAAUGCAACGGGAAGAUGAUCAGGAAACUAGGAUAGUUCCCUGAUGUAAUUUAGAAAAACUAAGCAAGAAAUUCAGAUUAUUAAUGAAUAAAUAGUUGAUUUGAGAAAUGUAUAGGAAAAAUGGAGAAAAGUUUUCAGGAAAUUACUGUAUGGGUUUCUUAAUGUAUUUGAUUUUGAUGAAGAUUUUGGUAACUAAAAGAGGAAAAUGCGUUAGCCAUCUUCUAAAAAGAAGUCACUUGAUAAUUGCUAACUACUCUAAAAGAAAAAGUAAUCAGAACUGGUAUCCUUUCAUUGAAAGUUUUAAUAUCUCUGAGGAGGAGGGAAAAUUACUAUAUAAUUUCAUAAUUUGCCACCUUUGUGUGAGUAUUUCAUUUGUCUAGAAGAGGCUUGGCUUCAACUGGCAAGAAAACAUCAGUGAAUUUUGUUGAAAUAGUGAAAAUGCAAUUGAUCUUGUAGGAACAUAAAAUUAUUUUCAAAAACUUAUAUUGCAUUCAUACCAAGUGAACAGAAUUUUAGAAAUAUCUUAAUUUUUGAUGGUGUUAGACUAUAUUUGGCCUAUGUUUGCAAAUGUAACGUGAAGUAAAUAUGCUGCAAAAAGUUGAAUGUAUACAUAGAAGUACUUUUUUCUUGUCAAUGCCAAAUGCCCAUUAUGAAUAAAUCUUAAAUAUUACAUUCCUCCUUCGUACCAUAAAAUUUCUUCAUCAAACUCAUGAUUUUGUUCUCCCAGAAUAACAAACUGCCCUAAGGUUUAAGUCAUUUCCUUGUUAUCACAAGUGUCAAUAUUUUUCUGUAUUUUGUUUAUAAUUUUAUUUUUUAAAUAAAAAGUUUAUAAAGAUAAA